AUGGCUAAGAUUAAAAAUGGAAAAAAUUAUUAAAAAUCAUUACUUCAUCAACUGGAAUAGUAAUAAUAAAGCAUUCAAAAAAAUAUCAAAAAAUUUAAACAAGCACCAUCUGAAGAAAAAAUAAUUGAAGGCAAAGUUUCUCCUUAUAUGCUCUUAGAAAGAAGAACUAAAAGAGAAGAAUAGAAAUACAAUAUUCAAAAGAAAAUACGAUUACCUUAUAGUAUAAAAUUCAUAUAGACAUUAAGAUUAAGAAUUUUACCCAGAAGUUCCUAAUUUAUCAUUUCCCAAUUAAUUACUAGAUUGUAUAAUCAAGGUGAUUUGCUCAUUUGGGAACAGUGCUAAGCAUAAUUAAAUAACCAAAAACUUAAGUUUAUUUUAUACAAAUGAAGUUCAAGAAGAACUUGUUAAUUUCAUCUUAGCUGAAUCAGAGGAAUCUGGAACAAUUUAUGAAUUAGAAGGAAAAUUUAAAGUGACAAGCGCUUUAAUCUAAAAAGUAAUUAAAAAUAGUUAUAAUAGCAAUACAAUGAUUAAAUUGGAUAAAAAAUGAAACAUGAAGAUAUUGAUGAGAACGAUAAUGAUUAAUACCAUUCCCCUUCGAAUGACCAAGUUUAAAGUAAAUAUUCAUUAUCAAUUAUAGAAGAUAGAGAGAUUGAAGCCGAAAUCAGUUGA